CCAGUGUUCACUGACAGAAGUGCGCAGACGGAUCAAACGCGGAACCGGUGUGAGGGAACCUUAGCUAAAAAUGGAGAGAAGAGUGGCACGAGAAUUCAGACAUAAAGUGGAGCUGCUGAUUGCUAAUGAAGCAGAGAAGGACUACCUGUAUGAUGUGCUGCGGAUGUACCACCAGUCCAUGGACCUGCCCGUGCUGGUGGGGGACCUGAAGCUGGUGAUUAACGAGCCCAGCAGGCUGCCGCUCUUCGACUCCAUCCGACCCCUCAUCCCCCUCAAGCACCAGGUGGAGUACGACCUGCUCACCCCCAAGAGGUCACGAAAACUGAAGGAGGUGCGUCUGGACCGGACCCACCCAGACGGUCUGGGCCUGAGCGUUCGGGGGGGGCUGGAGUUUGGCUGUGGCCUCUUCAUCUCUCAGAUCAUGAAGGACGGACAAGCCGAAAGUGUGGGCCUCCAGAUUGGAGACGAGAUUGUCCGCAUCAAUGGCUAUUCCAUCUCCUCCUGCAUCCACGAGGAGAUUAUCAGCCUCAUCAAAACCAAGAAGAUAGUGUCGCUGAAAGUCAGACAUGUUGGAAUGAUACCAGUGAAGAGCUCCACGGAGGACUUGCUGAAGUGGCAGUUUGUGGACCAGUUUAUGUCGGAGUCUGGGGACAAGAAGAGCAGUGUGGCUGGCCUGGCCUCCAUUGGAGGAAAGGAGAUCAAGGAGAAGAAGGUCUUCCUGAGUCUGGUGGGGACCACAGGCAUGGGCAUCAGCAUCUCGAGUGGCCCACGGCAGAAGCCAGGGAUCUACAUUAGCAACGUGAAGCCCGGGUCUCUCUCUGCUGAAGUGGGACUGAAGAUGGGUGACCAGAUUGUUGAGGUCAAUGGCGUGGACUUUACCAAUUUGGACCAUCAGGAGGCAGUUCGGGUGCUGAAGAGUAGCAGGAGUUUAACCAUCACAGUUCUCACUGGUGCGGGCAGAGAGCUGUUUAUGACAGAUGAGGAGCGUCUGGCUGUGGAGGCUCGUCGUGAGCUGGACAGACAGGAGCUCAUGCACCAGAAGAGAGUCGCUCUGGAGACCAACAAGAUUGUCAAGGAGCAGCAGGAGAAGGAGCGCUUGAGAAAGAUGGAGAUUUCUCAGAAGACAGCUGAAGAGGAGGACAGAUACCGCAAAGAGAUGGAGAAAAUUGAGGCAGAGGAGAGUAAACAACAUAGGGCGUGGGAGGAGGACUGGGCCCCCAGAGAUUCCCCCAAACCCCCCAGAGCUGGCUCUCCAGGGCCCCCUGCCAGUCCCUCUCCACCGCCGCCAAAGACCAGGAGCUCUGACACUGAUGAAGAGGAGGAGGAGGGAUUUCGGAAAUACGAGGAAGGCUUUGACCCAUACUCCAUGUUCACUCCAGAGCAAGUAGCAGAGCGGGACAUCCGGCUGCUCAGAAUUAAAAAGGAUGGACAACUAGACGUAGCGGUGGAGGGAGGGGUUGAGUCCCCUCUUGGGAAGCUUGUGGUGUCAGCCGUCUAUGAUGGUGGUGCCGCAGACAAACAUGGUGGGAUUGCAAUAGGUGAUGAGGUGAUGGCAGUGAAUGGGAAAAUCCUGACUGACGUCACCCUCACUGAGGGACAGAACUCCCUGGAAAGGGCCUGGAAAAGUGGAGGGGACUGGAUUGAUCUGGUCAUAGCAGUGUCCCCACCAAAGGACUAUGAGGAUGAAGUGACCUUCUUCUAGGAGUCAGCUCACUCACUCGGUCGCUCACUUUCUUUGGAAGAACAGACUGCUCUCAGCGAGUGGGCCUGCCCAGGAAGUUGGACCUUCUCCACUAUCAUCACCCCCAUCUUUUAUCACUGCAACACAGCAUGAUCCAGCUGCUUCUAACAAUAAAAUAAGCCCAUGCAAAUUGUAUUUACAGAAACACAUGAGUCAUGCAAACAAUGCGCUUUUUAACAAUAAAUGUGUUUUUUGCA